UAUCUUAAUAGCCGCGGACUGCAACUCUCCCCGACAAAAAGUGCAAUCCUGGCAUUCUCGAGAAAGUCAAUGGCUUGCUACCCUGUAGUGAUAGAUGGGAACGUCAUACCUUCUGUAACUCACCACAAGUUUCUCGGAGUUAUCAUCGACCGGGAUUUAUCUUGGUCGAAGCACAUCUCUGCACUAAGAAAAAAACUAGACAGCUUUGUCCAUGUCAUUCGCCAUAUAUCUGGAAAAUCGUGGGGGCCAUCGAAGUCAUCUCUACUACAGCUAUACCAGGCACUUUUUGUUGGAUACCUCCGCUACAGUGCUCCUGUUCUUUCUCGUGUUUGCACAUCUGCUGUCCGUACGCUCGAGAGUGCUCAGGCCCGCGCCCUCAGAAUUUGCCUAGGAGUACCUCGAUGUACUUCUACAUGGGGUACUAUUACAGAAGCACGCGCUUGUCCAGCUCGCGUUUAUCUUAAACACGAGCCACUGCGAGUACAUCUGAGGUUAUUGACAAGGCACCGAGACCAUCCACUGAGAGACAUUAUUAACAGACGACCCAAUGCUGCAUACUCGGAAGCUGUGAUGUCGCAGCAAGAUCUGCUGCCCUCGAAUUAUGCACCACAAGCGACUCCCGGACGCUUCAAGAUAGCGCAUCGGACAUCAUCUACUGCUGCUGAGCUGACCGGCGUCCGACAAGCUGCCCGCUACAUUGUACAACAGAGUCCCGCGAAAUGGACAUUAUUUUGUGACUCCAAGCCGGCACUUCAACUUAUCAGCAAUUACAUGAAGCAAGGAACCGCAUACAGUCCUCUGGUGUGUGACAUAAUGAAUAUGUUAUCUGAGGCGUCUCAAUCCGGGCAUACCGUUGCAUUGCAAUGGAUUCCAAGUCACUGUGGCAUAGCUGGGAACGAGCAACAUAGAUUGCGGCUGGGUGUUGCGUAUACACGAAGAUACCUUUGCAAGAUUGGGCAGGAGCGAAACCCUAACUGCAGUGUGUGUCACACGUCUGAGACUAUUCACCACAUCCUGUGCGUGUGUCCUCAGUACGCGACCGAAAGACAAUCACUUAAGUGCGUCGUAGAUCGUCUGGACUCCCGACCUUUUUCGGAGGAGAAGCUUUUGGGUGCUUGGGAGCAUGCAGACCAGGCCCAACGAAGUUUAAAGUGCCUAUUGAGAUUUCUAAGUGAUACAGGUUUAGAUGCUCGUCUUUAGAG